AUGAUGAUAGACUUACCCUUAUGUGGCAUUUUCCAAAAUGCUUCAGCAGCAGCACAGGGCUCUCUGGCCGAACCCGCCAAAGCGAGACUUGCUCCCAACAACGUUUUGUCUGUUGUCGUAUUAGAACUUUUUGAGGAAGAUGAAUCGGCCUCCAAACGGCCGGCAAGUAACACACUCGCGCCCAGCGUGCCGUCGAUCCCGUACGAGAUCCCUACCACACAAUCAUACGACAUAAAAGUAAUUAAGAUAUGUCUAGAUUUUGUUACUGAUUAA